AUUCACAAGCGGGUAUCCCGAAGUCUCACACGCGUCUUUCUUAACACGCGAAGUUUCUCUCUGCUCUUCCAAUUUGCCUCUUUCUCUCUCGUCUUCCUCACCGCCUCCCGCAGCCCUUCUCCUAUCGACGUCGGUCCCUUUUCAGGCGACAUAAAUCAGUUAGACGAUGGCAGCAAAGUACGUGGCAGCUUCUCUAGUCGGAACAUUUGCAAUUGCGUAUAUUGCUGAUUACCUUGUUUCUGACAAGAAAAUAUUUGGAGGAACAACCCCAAGUACUGUUUCGAACAGCGAGUGGUGGGAAGAAACUGACAAGAAAUUCCAAGCAUGGCCUCGUACUGCCGGUCCACCUGUGGUGAUGAACCCAAUCAGUCGCCAGAAUUUCAUCGUCAAAACCCGCUCUGAAGCUUAAAUGUUACAUUAGUUGUGAAUCUAUACACUUUUGAUUGGAUGGAUCAUUCUGCUAUGAAACUACUGCCUAGUCAUUAAGCAGUUCUAAUCUGCCUUGCCUUCAUGUUUUGAGUCGGGAACUUGAAGCAAUUCUUGUUGUUCUGAUAGUCAUUCUUAUUCCUCUUUAAAAGUUGCAUCGUUGGUUUGUUAUGAUGAUGAUGUCAUGAUGUUGAAUCUUAAAUAAUGCAGUGGAAAAUUUCCCACCUCCUUCAGACAACGAACAAUCAUCAUCUUUCUUA